AUGCGUGUCCUCCUUGCACCACCUCACUCGGAGAGGGGGGCCUUCUCGGCCGAGCAUGUUGCGAGUUUCCUUGUUUACAUACGAAUCCGGGUCAUCACCACGGCUCAGCCAGGGGCAGUUGCUACUCGGUGCAACCCCUUCCUGGUGGUAACCUCUGAUGCCUUGGCCAGCCCUUUGGAACUAUGCUUGAGAGACACUACUACGUCAGCUGUGGCCCAGUUCAGUUUGACUUUGGCGGGCCACUACGUCUAUUUACGCCGUGAUGACACUAGUGCACACGCAUUUGAUGGAUGCUAUGUCCGUUCGGAUAGGCUUAUCUCAAGAGAGGGCCAAGUUGUGUAUAAUCAGCAGUUGGAAGCCAUUGUGUUAUCUAGUCCAGUCGCGGUACCUGGUCAUGAGGAGCAAGCCGUAGAGGGGAGUGGUAGUGGUAUCAGCCUGGAGGUUCAGCGUGUUGUGCGGUGUUGUUCUCUUUACCAGUGGGGGGUUUCGGCGUUCGGACAGAUCAUACCGACGCCGAAGCUUCUGAAUGAGUUUGGUAACGACGUCGAGAUUUCUAGCAUUUCUGCUGGGGCGCAUUUUGCCCUCGCCGCGGAUCGAACCGGAGUGGUUUAUGGCUGGGGCGAUGACACGUAUGGCGAGCUGCCCUCAUCCAACUCCGUUAGAGUGGCUGUUGAGGGAAGCGUCUCGAGGAUCGAAGCUCUGGAGGGGGUCAAGGCCAAGCAGGUGGCGUGCGGAGACCGUCACGCUUUNNNNGGUGCUAGCCAUUCAACUUUACCAGCUCCCGUCCUUCAGCAGUCUAGGCUUACAAACUCUGGCUUUACAGCGUUGGAUACCUUCACGGGAACACUACCAGAUGCAUUAUCGUUUCGGGAGGAGACCAACCAGUGA